UAAAAACACAAUUCUAACCUUAUGUCCAAUCUUUAUAUUUUAAUACAUUUAGGAAUAGAGACGAAUAUUUAUGUUUCAGUCUUGUAACAAAUAAAUUUUAAUGUCUCUGCGAAAAAUGAAGCUAUUGGUUAAACACAUUAACCCUACGUCGGGUUCACAUAAUGCGUCUGUUAUUUUUCUCCAUGGUUCCGGAGAUACUGGAAGGAAUUUAAUUGAGUGGGUUCGAUUUCUACUGGGUCGUGAUAUGGAAUUUCCUCAUAUAAAAGUAAUCUACCCUACCGCACCAUUUAAGCCAUACACUCCACUUGGCGGUCAAAUGUCAAAUGUCUGGUUUGAUAGGCAAACCAUAUCUAUUGAAGCACCUGAAAAUCGCCAAAGUUUAGAAGAUAUUUAUGAAAAAGUCAAUGAAAUGAUCAAUGAAGAAGUCUCACAAGGUGUACCCGUUAACCGAAUUAUAGUAGGUGGCUUUUCGAUGGGUGGCGCUUUAGCAAUGCAUGCCGGAUAUCAUUUGAACAAUAAGCUGGGUGGAGUUUUCGCUUGCUCAUCAUUUCUGAAUCGCAAUUCAAUUGUUUAUGAAUCGCUUAAGAACAGUUCAAAGGAUAACAAUGUUUUACCAGAGCUUAAAAUGUUUCACGGCGGUCGGGACACAUUGGUACCUAUUGAAUGGGGAAAAGAAAGUUUUGAUAACUUGUCGAAACUUGAAGUGAAGGGAACUUUUACUCCACUUAAAAACACAUUACAUGAACUGAAAAAGCAAGAACUAUUGGAUUUGCAGGAAUGGAUUUUACAAAAAUUGCCACCACUUGAAUAAUUGUGUUAAGUAAAAAUUUGUAUGUAAUAAUUAAAAAGUUUCUUUGUAAAUAAACGGAAAAGUGAUUUUACAUCAAGACCCUAAAAA